AUGGCGGCCGGUAGAGAAAGAGCAAUCAAAGAACGAAGUUUAGUUUGUCUUUUAUCAGCUUUACAAGGACACAAAACAACGAUAGAGCUACGAAACGAAGACUACGUUGAAGGAACAGUUAGCCAUGUUGAUGGGUUUAUGAACGUUACGCUCUCRGACGCCAAAUUCUUUAAAAACAAAUCGGAUCAAGCAGAGUUUUUUCCCAAGAUGUUUGUUUUAGGAGAAAAAAUACGAUAUGUUCACAUCCCUGAUGAGAUCGAUAUGAGGCAGGCUAUAGAAAAUGAACUUACAAGCCUUGGAGAAUCGAGAAAAGUCAAGAGUGAGCGUAGAAAACUGAGAGGAAGGAAAACAAAAGUAUAA